AUGUAUCCUGUUCACCCAACAAGUACAAACCAUACUACCUUGUCAAAUACACCAUCCUCAAUAAAUUCACCCAGCCGACAUGGUCGAAAGCUAAGUCACGUUCAGUUUGGAAAACGACCUUACAAUUUACAAGAUGAAUAUACUUCAUCAGCCUUUAUGAUGCCCUUUGACGAAAAUAAACAGAUGGUAGGAGGCACAGACUCUACCAUUGAAAUGCUCAAAUCAAGCUGUAGGGAGUUUUUCGAAUUGGAACCCUUUAAUUAUAUGCUAGGCCCAUCCAUGGAAAUCCUAAUACAAUCGGGUGCAAGGUUUCCUCCCUGUAUGAGAAAGGUAGAAUCCAUGCCGCCCGAUCAAAGAUACAUUUGUUUGCACACCAUCUCUCAAAACCCCGUAGUCAAUAUGACAGAUCAUCGUUUAUUCAACCUCACUUGCUCCUUAUCCACAAUAUGUGGCAUGUCGUCGUUUUAUCAGUACCGCAUACCAGAUCAAACCUAUCGGUUUUUUACGCCAUUAUUUAUUCAUACAGGUCUAGUUCAUUUAUGCAUCAACAUGGUUGUUUUAAUUAUGCUGGGUGUCAAAGUUGAAAGAACAAUCAAUUCAUUACGGUUCACAUUGCUCUUCAUUGGGUCUGGAAUGUUUGGACAUGCUUUAGGUGCCAAUUUUGCACCACCCACUUCACCAUUUUUGGGUUGCAGUAGUUCAUUAUUGGGUCUUGCAGGAUUCUUGUAUACAGAUCUUAUGAUGAACUGGAAGACACUAGAAAAGCCUAUUUCCAAUUUAUUCAAAUUAAUUGUGAUUACAGGACUCUGCUUCUUUAUAGGAUUAAUACCGGGGUAA